AUGAAGGGUUUUAAGAUGAAGCUCGGCAGGAAGAAUUCCACCGAUUCCACCUCCUCCAAGAGCAAAGAUCCAAAGGCCGCCGCCGCUGCUGCUGCUGCUGCCGCGGCGCCCCCACCCCCACCGCCAAAUACCGCUAAGCCCCUCCCCCAGCCAGGCGUUCCGGGUAGCCAUCUCCCAAACACCAGCAGUCACACCCUCCCGAACGCUAACGGCUCCUCAGCCUCCGCUGCUGCAACCCGUGUCAGUGUGGCAUCCGCCGCUGCUGAUCGCCGGUUUGCCAACCCGGACAGGGCAGGCGCCGCUCCUCCCAUUGUCGUGGUCAGUCCAGAUCCCUCGGCCGACCAGCAGCACACUAUCAGCGAGAACGGAGGGCCCGUCACCCCUCCUCGGGCGGUCUCGCUUACCACCCGAGGACUGCGCCCAGCGCCCAAGGACACCAUCCCGAUAUCAGGAAAGCCGCCGCGCAAGCAGCGCAGCAGUAGGUUUGUUGUGAAUGAGAAGGUCGAGAUCGAGAGGCUACCACCAUUCAACGAAACUCCCGUCAGCGAACGCGCGCAGCUCUUUAUCAGAAAGCUGCACCAAUGCGCUGUCGUCUUCGAUUUCAAUGACGCCAACGCAGAACUUAAGGGUAAGCAGAUCAAGACCCAAACACUGCACGAAAUGCUCGAGUACAUUAUGACCCAACGUGGCGUAAUUACUGAGAACGUAUACCCUGAGGUGGUCAAGAUGUUCGGCACCAACCUCUUCCGCUCUAUACCCCCUCCUGUGAACCCCACUGGAGACGCGUUCGAUCCCGAAGAAGACGAACCUGUGCUCGAGCUGGCGUGGCCUCAUCUCCAGAUCGUCUACGAGUUCUUCCUGCGGUUUGUGGAGAGCCCCGAUUUCGACACCAACAUUGCCAAGCGGUAUAUCGAUCAGAACUUCGUCCUCAACCUGCUCGAGCUGUUCGACUCAGAAGACCCGCGCGAGCGCGACUUCCUGAAGACAACAUUGCACCGGAUAUACGGCAAGUUCCUGAACCUGCGUGCUCCCAUCCGCCGAAGCAUCAACAAUGUCUUCUUCCAUUUCAUCUACGAGACGGAACGACACAACGGCAUCGCGGAACUUCUCGAAAUACUCGGUUCCAUCAUCAACGGCUUCGCGCUGCCUCUCAAGAAGGAGCACAAGACUUUCCUCAUGCGGGUGCUCAUCCCUCUGCACAAGGUCAAGAGCCUCUCGAUGUACCACCCACAGCUCGCGUACUGUGUCGUUCAGUUCUUGGAGAAGGACGCUGCUCUCGCCGAGGAAGUCGUGAUGGGGUUGCUGAAGUACUGGCCAAAGGUGAACUCGCCAAAGGAGGUUAUGUUCCUGAGCGAGAUGGAGGAGGUGCUGGACGUCAUCGACCCUGCGGAGUUUCAGAAGAUCCAGGAGCCUUUGUUCCAGCAACUCGCGCGCUGCAUCAACAGCCAACACUUCCAGGUCGCGGAGCGGGCGCUGAUGUAUUGGAACAACGAGUACAUCGUCAACCUCAUGAGCGACAACCUCGCCGUCAUCCUCCCCAUCGUCUUCCCCGCUCUGUACACCAACUCAAGAUCGCAUUGGAACCGGACAAUCCAUGCGCUGGUCUACAAUGCCUUGAAGCUGUUUAUGGAGAUCAACCCAGAUCUCUUCGGCGAAGUUAUGGAGCAGUACAAGCAGCGGAAACUAUCGGAGCGAGACCACGCUGUGCAGCGUUACGAGGAGUGGCAAAAAGUACGGGAAAGGGCACGGGAGAACUGCAACGGGAAGCUGCCCGAGGGUUACGUCGACCCAGAGCCUACGCCGCCGCCACCGCCAGUGGAAGACCUCGACAUCAUGGACCUGUCGAUGGACUUGAAGGCGGUGUCGAUAGAUGCGGAGGGGCCGUUGAGCGACCUGGACGAGUCGGGCAUCGAGCGCGUGCCGAUGGCGGACCCGGGGAUGGAUCAUCCGUUCCCCGAGAUCGGCGGCCUGGAGCACUCACCGGGCGGCUUGCACUCGAGACGAAAGAGCGCGUUACCUGUGGACCCAACAGUUCUGCGAGACCUUCAAGCGCACCGAAGUCUCGAGGAUUCGGUCACGCCACGGGGGGCGCCGGGCUCGUGAAACCCCACGUCGUCGGACGGCGAGACGGAUAUCCAUACACAUUCAAACAGGGCAGCAGUGCUUGAUCCCGCCACGCCGGACGUUGUUGUUCACCAUUCCCCCCUCUUCCUCCUUGCACUCCUCUACAUAUGCACGCAUACACACACCCUCAUCCUCACUCUCACCCUCACGCUGUUGCUACGCCGCUGCUACUGUAGUCACUACAUUCUCUCUGUGCCUGCCUGCGCCCGUACGUGGAGCCCCCCGCCCGCGACCUAUAUCCAUUCGUCCGUCCGCUCCUUCUGUGCGCACUUUUUCGCCUCCGCCCGCGUGUUUCUGUCCAGGGAUCGUCUCGUCCGCCAGGUCUCGUCCGAUAAGUUCUGUGUUUCUCUCUUCUGAUACAGUACAUGGUACCGCCCCGUAGUAUACACCCCAUCC